UGUAUUUCCGGUGUCUGGAAAUGGAGAAAUACAGCGCCUGUGUCUGAUUAUAUUACAAAAUUUGCCUAUGUUUUAACCUCCAAGUGUACCUUUUUGGUACACAGGAGAUUUUUCUCAGUUUGUCGCUGUCCGCAAGUACCACUCACUCUGCUUGAUACACCACCACCAUGGAUAUUUCCACACCUCCAGACGACCAGGAGCUGAGAAAUGUCAUCGACAAACUGGCUCAGUUUGUUGCCCGCAAUGGUCCGGAGUUUGAGAAGAUGACCAUGGAGAAACAGAAGGACAACCAUAAGUUCUCCUUUCUAUUUGGAGGGGAGUUCUUUGGGUACUACAAAUACCAACUCGCCAUCCAACAACAACAACAUUCUUCCACACACGAGUGUGAAGAUUAUAAAUCGGAAGUUAUGUGCAAGCCUCCUGGGAAGGAUAUUCCUGACGUGCCCCCACCCAUCGCCAUCCUGCCCCCUCCGCCCAUCCCUCCGGCCACCCCCGGCGUGGACGAGCUGAUCCAACAGAGCACAUGGAACCUGCAGCAGCAGGAGCAGCACCUCAUCACACUCAGACAGGAGCAGGUGACGGCGGCCAUUGCUCUGGCCAUGGAGCAGCAGACACAGAAGCUGCUCGCCGACACUCAGCUCGACAUGACCGAGUUCGACAACCUGCUGCAGCCCAUCAUCGACACGUGCACUAAAGACGCCAUCUCUGCCGGUAAAAACUGGAUGUUCAAUAAUGCGAAAGCUCCCCCGCACUGCGAGCUGAUGUGCUCCCACCUCCGCAACCGCAUCACCACAGAGACGGCCCACUUUGAACUCCGCCUACACCUCAUCUAUCUGACCAAUGAUGUCCUCCAUCACUGUCAGAGGAAGCAGCAGCGCGACCUGUUGGCAGCCCUCCAGAAGGUGGUGGUGCCCAUCUACUGCACCAGCUUCCUGGCCGUGGAGGAGGACAAACAGCAGAAGAUCACGCGGUUAUUGCAGCUCUGGGAGAAGAAUGGCUACUUUGAUGAGAUGACUAUCCAGCAGCUCCAGAACCCAGCUGUGGGUCUGGGCCAAUACCAGGCGUCCCUGAUCACGGAGUAUGCGGCGGUGGUGCAGCCCAUCCAGCUGGCCUUCCAGCAGCAGAUCCAGUCCCUGAAGACGCAGCACGAGGAGUUCGUCUCCAACCUCCAGCAGCAGCAGACGGCAGCCGUGGCCGCCGCCGCAUCAGCGGUCGGACAGCUCAACCCCGCCGAGGGGGACGUCAAGUCACAAGCCACCCAGCCAGGUGAGGGGAAGCCCCCUAUGGCGGGGCCCCCAGGGGAGUACGACGGCACCCCCACCCGGCCCCCAGACUCCUCCGCCCCCGGCUCAGAGCACCCGUCCUCCAAGCAGGGAUGGUUCGACCCACAGCACAACAUGCCUGCCUGGAACCCCCAGCAGCCGCCUCCGUUCGACCCCACCCAGGCGCCCCCUCCCUGCCCGCCGUGGAACAGCCACGAGGGCAUGUGGAACGAGCAGAGGGACCCCAGCUGGAGCGGGCCCCGCGGAGGAGGCGAGGGGGGGCCCUGGAGCGGCCAGUCGGAGGGGCCCCCUCCCAACUGGAGCGGCCAGUACGACCAGCCGCCCUGGAGCAACCAGCAGGACCAGCCCCCCUGGGGUCAGCGGGAGCCCCCGUUCAGGAUGCAGCGGCCCCCCCACUUCAGGGGCCCCUUCCCGCCCCACCAGCAGCCCCCGCCCUUCAACCAGCCCCCACCGCCGCACAACUUCGGGCGCUUCCCGCCACGCUUCAUGCAGGACGACUUCCCCCCGCGACACCACUUCGAAAGGCCCCCUUACCCGCCGCACCGCUUCGACUACCCGCAAGGAGACUUUCCAGGCGGUAAGCACCAUGGCGAUGAUUGGACAGACAUCGGGCCCCCUCCUCAUCACCACCCUAGCCAGAGGAUCCCUCCGCCCGGCAUGUCUGAGCACCCUCCGUGGGGUGGCAACCAGCACCCUGACUUCGGCCCCCCGCCGCCUCACGGCUUCAACGGCCAGUCGCCCCAUAUGAGGCGGCCGGCCCACUCCCACCAAGUCAGCCAGGACGACCCCAGCCUGGUCCCCAACGUGCCCUACUUCGACCUGCCCGCCGGACUCAUGGCUCCCCUAGUUAAGUUAGAAGACCAUGAUUAUAAGGCUUUGGACCCCAAAGACAUCCGGCUACCGCCCCCCAUGCCCCCCAGCGAGAGGCUGCUGGCUGCAGUUGAAGCCUUCUACAGCCCCCCGUCACACGACAGACCCAGGAACAGUGAGGGCUGGGAACAGAACGGCCUGUAUGAGUUCUUCAGAGCGAAGAUGAGGGCACGAAGGAAAAAGGAACAAGAGAAACACAACAGCAUGCGGGCGAGUCGCUCUCGCAGUCGCUCUCGGAGCAGGGGCAGGGGCGGCUCCGUCUCCUCCCGCUCUCGGUCCAGUUCUUCCAAGUCGUCGCGCUCCUACUCCCGCUCUCGCUCCCGAUCCAGAUCCAGAUCUUACUCCCGCUCCAGAUCCAGAAGCAGGAGUCGGUCGCAUUCGUCACGCAGCCGGUCCCGCUCCAGGUCUCGUUCCCGAUCGCCAGAGAAGGCAAAGCGCCGGAACAAGUCUCGCAGUCGCAGCCCCGGUCCAGGUCCAGGUCCUGGUCCUGGUCCUGGUCCCGGUCCGGUUCCUGUACCCCCCUCGACGUCUGGGCUGGGGGCGGGGGGGCCUCCGCUGCCCCCCACCGUGCGGCUUGGAGAAGAGAACAAGGGCCAUCAAAUGCUCAUGAAGAUGGGUUGGAGUGGCUCAGGGGGGCUGGGAGCCAAGGAGCAGGGCAUCCAGGAUCCCAUCAAGGGGGGUGACGUGAGAGACAAGUGGGACCAGUACAAGGGCGUGGGAGUGUCACUGGACGACCCCUACGAGAACUACCGCCGCAACAAAAGCUACAACUUUGUGGCUCGGAUGAAAGCCAGAGAAGAAGUCAAUCGGGAACCAUCAUCGGAGCCUGCAACGACAGAAUGAUUUUAAGCCCCAUCCAGACGUUUAUUUUUUUGUUUGUUUUGUUUUUCUAAACCAAUCCUGAACACUGAUCGCAAUUGUCAUUCUUGAAUGUCCCCUUCUCCCUGCUCUUGUACUGAAUGACAAAAGAAAUUGUGUAAAAAAAAUCUGACUUUUGUGUUGUAGGUUUCUGUUUUUCUAGUCAUGCGCCAUAGUGCAAAAGGAUGUUUUAAACCCAUGUACUCGCAUCAGGAUUUCACUCAUUAAUUCCAAAAAUAAAAAAAAAUAUUUUUAAAA